GGGCUGGGAGGUGCCGGGGCGGGUGGUGCUGGCCGGAGGUCACUCGGCGCGGGGCGCAGCAUGGCCGCGGCUGUGGUGCGCGGGCGACCUGCGGGCUGGUGGCGCUGGCACAGGCGGGUAGCGGCGAUGGUGUGUUCUAGGGCAAUGGCUUCCAAAACCCCAGUUGGAUUCAUUGGGCUGGGUAACAUGGGAAAUCCAAUGGCAAAAAACCUGUUAAAACAUGGAUAUCCAGUUAUUGCAUAUGAUGUGUUCCCAGAAGCUUGCAAAGAAUUUCAAGACUUGGGUGCUCAGGUAACAGACUCCCCAGCAGAUGUAGCAGAAAGAGCAGACAGAAUUAUUACCAUGCUGCCUUCAAGUCCCAAUGCAAAAGAAGUUUACACAGGAGCAAAUGGAAUUCUAAAGAAAGUGAAGAAAGGCUCAUUGCUAAUAGAUUCCAGUACUAUAGACCCUGCAGUUUCAAAAGAAUUAGCCAAAGCAGUUGAAAAAAUGGGAGCCGUUUUCAUGGAUGCCCCAGUUUCUGGAGGUGUUGGAGCUGCUCGGGCUGGAAACCUUACUUUCAUGGUUGGUGGAGUGGAACAAGAGUUUGAUGCUGCCAAAGAGUUGCUGACAUGCAUGGGUUCUAACGUGGUCUACUGUGGAGCGGUUGGAACCGGACAGGCUGCAAAGAUCUGCAACAACAUGCUUUUGGCCAUCAGUAUGAUUGGAACUGCUGAAGCAAUGAAUCUUGGAAUCAGAUUAGGCCUUGACCCAAAGCUACUGGCCAAAAUCCUAAAUAUGAGCUCAGGUCGUUGCUGGUCAAGCGACACAUACAACCCUGUUCCUGGAGUGAUGGAAGGAGUGCCAUCUGCUAAUAAUUAUCAAGGUGGCUUUGGAACAACACUCAUGGCUAAGGAUCUUGGCUUGGCCCAGAUUUCUGCCACCAACACAAUGACACCAGUUCCUUUGGGAUCCCAGGCACAUCAGAUCUACAGGAUGAUGUGUGCAAAAGGCUAUGCCCUGAAAGACUUCUCAGCUGUGUUCCAGUUUUUACGUGAAGAGGAAACCUUGUGAGCUGCCCUUUGGAAAUGGACGUGAUAACAAACCACAUUUUUUUUAUCCUUAUGGCUCAUUUGAGAAGUAUGUGGGUUUAAUAAGAUACUGUGCAUCCUGAUCCUAUACAGACUAAUCAUCUUUGGUUGUCUAGAUCACAACGAACUCCAGGGUUUUUUCAUGAUUCUUGAAAAAGCAAGCCAGAGGACAGGAAUGUUUGGCAGCUAGCCAGGCAGUGAUUUCUUUUUUUCUUUUUGUUUUGUAAGAAGCAUCAAAGUUGGGUUCUUUUUUUUUCACUAGAUGCAAUAAAUACAUACUUUUUUUAUUAAACACUUAAAUAUUUGCAUAAAAAAUAACUUACAUUAUGGCUACAAGCUUAGGUGAAUCUUGAAUAGUAAAAUAAUGUUGUAUAAUAAUUUUAUGACAUAUAGUGAUGUAUUAAAAUUAAAAAUUAAUACUUUAUGGAAAAAGGGAAUAUUUGUUUAAUGAAGAAACACAGCUCAAGAUGGUUUAUCGGGUUUUUUUUCCCUUGCACCUACUAAGCCUUGAAUUGAUCAGUAGUGAAUAUUUCCUGGGAUUCAGGUUGCAGAUUAAGUUUAUAGGCACACGUUUCUAAGUGGAGAGCUGUUACAGCAUGUUUACCUGUCAGACAUAGUUAAAAUAAAAUAGAAUAUGUGUCCCUCGUGUAAAGCUCUGUUACUGUAUUUUGCUAACCCGAUUUUAUAUUUUCUUGUUUUCUGUCACACAUUUUCAGAACUCUAGAACAGCACUUACCAGAAGUUCUAACAAAGUGUACUUUUGUUUUAGGUAAUUAUUGGAGUAUUUUAAAUCUAAACAAAUCCCAUUAUUUUGAAAAAAAAAUAAAAAUCUAUACUGGUAAGUGGUUGCUAUAUGAUUAUUUGCUUUUUGUUUUGGUGCGCUCCUGUACUCCCACAGUUAACCAAAACCUUGUACUAAGUUACCUCAAUUUUUAAUGCUUGGUUUUCUACAGAUUAUCUUGCAAAAUCAAGCUUUUCAAGAGCUCUUGCUGUGAAAUGCAGAUGGUAAUAUAUUUGCAUAUGUGUUACCUUAACCAUUCAGCAUCCCUUUGGUCUGGCAACUGUACAGGUACACGCUUGGCUUUAUGAAUAGCAAUACUUACGUUGAUUUCACUAGGACUAUUUACAUUCAAACUUACUUGCAGACUCUAGGCUUAAUGGUCAGUUAUGCAUUUACAUUCCUGUUUUGGUUGUAUGACGAAUCCUUUCAUAUAUGCACAUUUGGGUAACAGUUGUGUGCUCGAAUUAGCUCAAGUCUGCGAAUAAUCUUCUGAAAAUUUUGACAUUAUAUUUUAACACCUUAGUAUCAUUAUACAGAAGUCAUUAAACAGUACUGGUCGA